AUGCCUGCCUACGAGUACUGCUGCCAGUGUGGAGGCAUGAUUGUCAUCAGCACCACCUGCACUGCUUGCGGCCACAAGCAAUGCAACAACUGCCCUCUGUGCUAA